AUGAAAUUAAAGGAAAGUGCAAAAAGAAGAAAAGGCAGAGGAUUUGGAGCUGACUCGGUUGGGACGACAAAAGAAGGGUAUGAAUCUCUAGUGGUAAAUGAUGGGUCGUCAAAAUCAGGACCUCAAAGAUCCGUAGAAGGUUGGAUCUUGUUUGUCAGGAAUGUACAGGAAGAGGCUACGGAAGAAGAUAUCAGAGAUAAAUUUUGUGAAUAUGGAGAUAUAAAAAAUAUACACUUAAACCUUGACCGGCGGACUGGCUUUUUAAAGGGGUAUGCAUUGGUAGAAUACGAAAAUUUUAAGGAAGCGCAUACCGCUAUGGAACAUCUGAAUGGUUCUGAGCUAAACGGCCAAAGAAUCCACGUGGAUUGGGCAUUUACGAAAGGUCCUAAUCCGGUCAAGAUGUCAACCAAACACAGAACGCGUGAACGCAGUCGAAGUCGGUCAGUUGACCGUGCUCGACGAUAA